UUAGGGCUGCUUACCUUCCAGCUACUGCUGCUCUAUACUUCUGCUGCUAAUACUGGACCUGGAUUGAUGAAUGAAUUCGUCUUUGUUGGAGACCCUUUGACAUGGUCUCAAGCAAAAAAUUAUUGCACAGAUCAUUAUAAUGGGUUGUUUACAGUGUCAGACUCCAAUGAUUUGAGGAACCUCACCGGUUCUGCCAAUCAGCUCUCCUGGAUUGGACUUUUUAGAUUGCUAUCAACAUGGAAGUGGGUAGAUAAUACAGCAACUGGAUAUUUAAACUGGUUUAGUUCUGAAAACUGUGCCACAGUAUCCAACGAAGGAGUUUGGUUUCAUGUAUCAUGUGACAGUUUAAAUCCUUUCGUGUGUCAAGACAGUCAGAUGAGAUUGUACUAUAAUUCAACACCUGAAACCUGGUUAAACGCAAAACUAGCCUGUGAAGAUAGCGGAUAUAAUUUCUCGAUUAUACGUAAUUAUUCAGAGAAUGUCAAAGUCAGAGGUGUGAUACCAAAAAGUGAUGCUUGGGUUGGGCUAUCUAAAGGUAUAGAUUAUACCCUUGUGAAUGAUACUUGGAGAUGGGGGAACAACAAACUCCUCACAUACUCCAACUGGUUCACACCCUUAUUUUGUGCAGUGAUGGAUGUGAGAGGCUUCUGGCAUGACCGUGUUUGCUUCGAAAAGAACCCAUUUAUCUGCUCUAAAGAAAUAACAGGCAACCUUGAAUACAAGCUGGUCUUUGAGAGUAAAACUUUUAAUGAUGCUUGGAACUACUGUAAGUCGAUAAGCAUGAACUUGGUCAUGGUGAAAACAAAGGACAACAACACUGCACUACUUAAUUAUAUUCAUUCCUCUGUAGAUAAUCUUUACUUUUGGAUUGGGUUAUAUAAUGACCCAUGGCUGUGGGACAAUGGCGCUUCAAAAGUUCGAAACUGGAACAGCUUGCAGCCUGACAAUAUGGAUUUCCAGAACAAUGUCAUACGAAGCCAAGUUAAAACUUGUGUAGCAUCAAUGAACGGUGAAUGGUUUGAUGAUGACUGUUCCAAGUCCCACAGUUUCUUUUGUUCGACCCCAGUUCGCUCCAUGAUCCUGGUGUCAGAACCCAAAUCAUGGGAGGAGGCACUGGAUUACUGUAGGGGCAGAUAUGUGGACUUGGUCAGUUUGACAUCAGAUAAAGAACAGAUUGCGGCUGUGAGGAAGAUUCAAGGGGUUCAGAAUGGUUAUGUGUGGACUGGACUGCGUUUUCUGACAGAUACUUGGUUCUGGGUGUAUGGUGAUAGUUUACAGUAUGAAAACUGGCUGGACGGUGGACAGAAGCAGUGCCCGGGAAAUCUUCGCUGUGGUGCUCUCGCUGUAGCAAGCGGGAAGUGGGAGCCCAGAUCAUGUGAGGAAAAACUGAACUUUCUCUGUUUCCAGAAAUGACUUUGAUGACCCAGUUACCACCAGAUGUAGUUUUCUAGAAGUUAAUCUAUAGUUGCUAAUAGAUAUUUUUUAACAUAUUUAAUUAAUUGUACAAUUUAAUUGCUGCAGUACAGAACA